CCCGCUACUCCACCGAACAGCCACCGCGGGACCUAUACAGUCAGCCCACGCUUGUGACCAGUCAACCUUCUGACCAACCUACGCACUCGCCUACCUGUUGGGAUUCACCGGAAGAGUUGCACACACAGCCUAUGUACCAGCCACCACCGCGCGACCGAUCGUUGGGUCACCGCACAACGACGUUGCCUGUUGUUGCCCCCAGUCUCAAGGUUCGUUCGCCUUGCCCGGCCCAACUAGUUGCCGUAAGUAAUUUCAACGAGAAGUUACGUAGUUGUAGAUUGGAGCAAGCCGCCCUUCUCGCCUGCGUGAAUGCAUUGUUUGAGGAGAAUAUUGAUGACGACAAUCUAGCUGAGGAUGUUCCCGACAACGUUGCUCACAAUGGGAGUGCUAAUCUUGUUGUACCAAAUGACGAGUCCCUGGAAGAGAUCAUCAAGACCAACAAUACGCCGCUGCAAGUGCUUGUCGGGGCAUAUGAUGAGAAGAUUGAUGAUAUUAGUGUUCCAACACAUAAGGAAUUGGAGAUGAAAGAUGAUGUAGCGACUUUGCUGGAGAAAGGAAAUAAAACCGAAGCCCUUCGAUCUAGUUUAGAGCAGAAAGAAAAAGAUUUCAGUGUGUUGAGUGAGAAGCCGAACAAGAGAGAGAGCAUGGAGAAUCAGAGCCUUGUUGAUGGCAUCGAGGCUGGAUUGGAUAUGAAAAAACAGGACAGUCAAGAGGAAAUGGAAGACAAGCGAAGGUUGUUUGAGGAUGAGCUUAAAUUAAAAGCAGAUGAAUUGGGUAAGACAGGUGAUGCUCACUCCGGUUCGCAAGCACUUGUUUGUGUCUAUGUGGAUUUGAAUGUCAGUAAUGUUACAAGUAUGAAUCCUCGAUUACCGUCGCUCGCCGCCGAUGCAAGGUUGAUUCCUCCGGGAAAUGACACGCUGUGUUUGAGCAUUCAUGGAGGUGUGGCAAAACUUUUCAUUUUUGCGUUGAAUUGUCACGACAACAAUAUGGCGGGGGUGUCCACCAUAUCUUAUACCCAACACGGUUCUCUAUUGGUGAUUUUGGGUGGAAAUGAUGAAGGGAGACGCACAACUAUUCUGUGGGCGUUUGAUCCAGGAGGAGAUACCUCGCCAGAGCUUCUACUUUCAACUCUCUUCGUGGUUUUAUGGUUCCUACCUUGAGGACAAGGUGGAUUUCAACCGUGGGGGAGUUGAUACGAUCCUAACUCUCUUCUAUUAUAAUUAUUUUGUUUAGAUAUCAUAGAGAUUUAGCAUAUCUUCUUUUAUUAUUUUGUUUAGAUAUUAUAGGGAUUUAGCAUAUCUUUUUUGUAUCCACACAUAUUAUAAAUAUGUGUGGAGUCUUCCAUAAUAUUCAUUCAAUGAAAUACAAUAUUAUUUUGGCUAAGUCCACGUGUGAUUCUUUGAAUCCCUAAUUCCUUACGCUACCUGCUGCCCGACGGAAGGUCUCUGCGCACAGCCGGAACGUAUAUCUGAUCUGUAGCUGUUGCCCGACGGGCUGGAACCCGCGCACAGCCGCCCAGAUCUUUAUCUCCGCCGACCCUCACGGGUGCCGGAUUAUCUUUAUCUCGUUAUUGUCCGUUUUACCGGAUCGUUAGGGAUUUAUGACCUUAACACUCGGUCACUAAAAAAGUUGAUAGUGUUUAUCCUAAUACUCAUGUUUAAUUAGUGGACUUUAGAAUUUAACGUCUAAACUUUAAUCCGUACAUCUCAUCCAUUCUGUUAUUAUAAUUUUGGUAGUGCCUUGUUUCUUUGAAAAUGAAAACUGUAUAUUCGCAUAAAAAAAUAUUAUUAUUCUCGGGCAUGGAAUAAAUUAAUUAUUAUUUUACUAUAUCGAAUAAAGCAUAUUAAUUGGAAUAUUGUAAAUUAGUGUUCAGAAUUAAAUUUGCGUCUUUUUUUGCCGAAAGGUACCCUUUGAAUACAAAGUUACCUAUCAUUAAAAUAAUUAAAUAAUGGAAGGUAGACAGAAUUGAUGGAUUUUAGAGAUCUAAACACGGUAUUAGAGGGCUCCACACCCCACCACCAACAGCACUAAAUCAAAUCAGACGAAUGAAUUUUAUUUUGCCACUGAUAAAAUCUAUGUUUUCUAAGCACUGUCCAAUGAAAAAGUUGGAUUAUAUGAUAAAUUAAACACUGUCCACUUUUGUUUAGGAUAAAUAAAGAUAAACGCGAUUAAUGUUUAUUCAAUAUAUCAAUCAUAUUAUGUUAUAGAUACUCCAUUAAAUUGCAUAUAGUUACGGUCAAUUUCAAGACUAUUAUAGUUGAUAGUCUUAAAUUCGAAUUCCAUAAAUGUUAGUAGUAGUAUUAAAGUUGAGCAUGUCACAAGUAAUUUUUCAAUGGGAAAAUUGUCUGAAAAGUCACAAACUUUGGGGAAAGUUUUGUUUUUCCCAUAAACUAUAAAAGUUGGGCCUAAAGUCACGAACUUUAUCGGAUCGUGCAAAUUUCCCAAACUACUGACCUGACGAUAUAUUUCUGUUAAAAACUUAUCACACGGGGUAUGCCGGAGGCGUGACUUGGCAAAAAAUUUUACUGGGCACAAAACAGCGUCGUUUUAUGCUUUUUUUAUUGAAUCUUCUUUACACGUCGUCGAUUUCAUCUCUAAACCGUUUGUCGACGAUUUCACUCUUGUCGAUUACGUUUUCCGUCGAUUGAAUUGUGGUUGCACUUUCGAAAUCAGCCAAAAAGAUGUUAUAUUACAUGAGUUUAGGGUUAAGGCAGAAAUUUUGCCAAGUCUUACCUUCGGUAUGCCACGUGGGAUAAGUUUUUAACGGAAAUAUGCCGUCGGAUCCGAUAGUUUGGGAAAUUUGCACGAUCCGAUAAAGUUCGUGACUUUAGGUGCAACUUUUAUAGUUUGUGGGAAAAACCAAACUUUCCCCAAAGUUUUUGACUUUUUAGGCAAUUUACUCUUUCUCAAUUGUGAUUGAACAUCAAAUAAACACAGUAUGCUAAUGCAGAGUUGAAUAGGUGUUACGGACUCAAUUCCCAUCUCGGUUAUGAGAACAACUGAGCUCAAACCGCUCGGAGUGGUGGCCGAGCAAAGAAUCUGUCGUGACAACGAGAGCUCGGAGUGGUGGCCUGGAAAGAACCAGUCGUGAUCAACGAGGACGUUGGCCCUUAAAGGAGGGUCGAAUAUUACGGACUCAAUUCCUAUAUUGGUUGUGAGAUCACGUUGACGUUGGCCAUUAAAGGAGGGUCGAAUAUUACGGACUCAAUUCCUAUAUUAGUUGUGAGAACAAUUAGUAUGGGGUAUAUAACUAAAUAUGCUUUUUUUUCUAAUAGACUAGUUUUUUGGGCUAAGUUUUCCUAUUUAAUCUGUAUCGAUACGGGCAACGUAUAUUUUUCAAUACAUAUAAUAAUAUCAUAGUCUAAUGAAUGACA